UUAGUAUGAAAUGACAUUGUUGGUGGAAUGUAACAGGAAGUUUGUACUUGGGUCAGGGAAGUAGUGAGGAAUAUACGGUGGCUUUACCAGCGAGGUUUGUGGACAUGUUAGUUUAUAACCGACUGUAAGAAAUGGAGCAGAGUCCCAAGAUCCCAUUUUGAGGACUAAUUCGAUAUGGAUUCAUAUGAAGAGGCGACGAUGAGCAUGGCCGCAAAUGCCGUCUUGUCUCGACGUCAAGGUGGCAGUCACCGGAAGCGGACAAUGGGACGUUACGCUACAGUAGACAAUCAAAGUAGCGAUUCCAUCAAUAAUCGCCAAUGGUCUUUACUGGUAGACAAGUCGACACAAGUGGAUUCCCGUCGACAGGAAGUUGAGGCAGACUAUAUGAAGAAGAAGACAAUUUUACAGGGAAUGUUGCUCCUAGUGCUUCUCAUACAUACCACAACCAAUCUGCGCCUUUUACAAGCGUCCGUGUCUCCGCCACCUUUCUACAACCUCAUUAUGGUGGUCAAUGGUCUAGCGUUGGUCUGUCAAGUCGCUGCAGGGGGUCUCCUCGCUGUCAUUGCAUACAUGGAAAGAAGUGAAAAACAUGACCUGGAGGUCAUUAAAAAGAUCAAUGACAUAACAAUUCAUUUAGUUAUUGUUGUGUUGCUAUUGUGUGUGUUUUUAUCGUCAUUGGUACCCUAAUUAUAAAAAAGAUUCAAAUGCUCAUAUACAUGAUAAUUCGGGAAUAGUUAUUGAGUAACAUAAUCUGCUUCAUACCUCGCUAGUCCAGCCAUUGUCAUAUCGUGUAACUUAAGUCCGAAAGUUUCCCCUGUGGAUUAAAUUGUCAGGGCACUGCAAUAGAGAAGUCGACGUAUUGUAAAUGUCUGUCAUACGCAAAUCACUGCAACUCAUUACUCCGGAUAAUGUCUUGCUACGAAUUCGCUAUUCUGGAUACUGUCUUGCUACAUAUUUGCUCUAAUGUAUAAAAGUUCAUUAUACAUUACAAACGUGACUUUUUCACACUAUGUGGCAUCCUUAUCCAGACAUGACGUUAUUCUGAACAUUGCCAAACUUUGAAAGCAUGCGUCAAAAUUAAAUUAUAUCAUUAUUAACUUAUGUAUGAAAUAAAAGUAAAGAAUGAG